GGCUUUCACAGAACAGUAAGAUGUUUUGUGUUUUGCUCUGAGUAAAAACUAAGACCUGAAGCUAUUCUAAAUAGGCUGCUUGGAAAAGAAUUCGGGAGAAGCUUUGCAGGAUAUUGCCACUCCUGUGAUGAUAACAACAAACCUGUAUGUUUUUAAUAGGUACUGCGAGCAUUCCUGCAGAAAGGUUAAAAAGUUGAGCUCGCCCUUUGGAGAUGGAAGGUGCCUCGGAGAGCUGCUCCUCAGCUGUUCCAGCAGGAGCGUGGGCAGCAGAGCAGCCUCCUGCAGGGCCCAGGCAGGCUGGCAGCACGGAGCCGUCCGGUGAGGCCCUGCUUCACCCUGCUGCCAGCACGAUGCAGGCAGAGGAGGGCUGCAAGCCACUGGCCUCCUGGGAGCAGGCAGGGGCAGCUCUGCGGGAGGCACCUGGAGAAGGACUCUGUCAUCAGGAGGUGAUGGGAGAUGGCAACCAAGGUGUGCUCGAGCCACAGAACCCCUUCAGUGCGUCACCUGAGAAUGCAUCUCCUGUUGCCGUUACAAAGUCCUCUACAUUACCUGAAUUAAGAAGUUCAGAAAGGGAAGAAGAAACAUCUCAAAAUGCGUCGCUGUCAGAGAAUGUGACAAGUUCAACAGGGACAGGAAGCAUAAUUCAAACUGUUAUGUGGAGUAGGGCUGAAUUUCAUGAAUUUACCCAGUCUGAGAAGUUGUGUCUUGACCUGGAACUUUUACCUAGUAAAGCAGCUCAACAGGAUUACCAUAUGCCAGAUGUCAUCACUGUCAGAGUACAGAUGGCAGAUUCUGAGUCAUUCCACGAUGUAGCUGUGAAAAUUGAAAGACCUACUUUUCGUAAACCAUUUCUGGGUGGAUUUAAGAACAGAGUAACAGGAGUGGAAUUCCAUAAUGCAGGGUCACAAACGGUACCCAAAAAAAGACCUGAAAAAGGAACUACAUUAUUUUGUAGAGAAACACAGACGGUUUUUGAAAGAAAUAGAUAUCAACAAACAACAAAUCCAACAUCUACACAGAUGACUAAAAGUGGCCUGUAUGUGUCAAACAUAAGUGACAAACUAAUAACCCCUGGAAAGUACCUAACAGCAGAGGAAUACCAUAAGCGUCGACUUGAAGCAGUAAUAGUAUUACAGAAAUACUUUCGUCGUUGGCAUGCUAGAAAUAUAGUACAAAACCUGAAGGAAAAAAAGAGAUUAAGGCUGGCAUGGGAAGCACAAGAAGUGUUACAAAGGGAAAAAGAGAAAGAAGACAAACUGAGAAUGGAGCAGGAGAGAAAACUGAACCCUAAAACCAAAGAAGACUUCGACCUGCUUUACCACGCUUUAGAAUCAUGGAGGCAGGAGGAGACAGAACGGAUUAACAGAACUCUUACUGGAGCUGAAAGAAAGGCCGCACUUUGUGGACUUCUAGAACAAGAGACACAGCUGAUUGCUUCCAUUGGGAGACACAAGCUAAAUGCAGAUGAGGACAAUCAACAGAAAGCAGUGCUGCACUUUCUGGAUAAGUGUGCACAACCUAAGAGAUGGAAAGCAUGUGAUGGAAAAAUCACUGAAAUGGAUACACAAUACACACUCCGUGCCAGAGAACUACUUGAAAUCUACCGCAGUGUUAGCAUGAAUGACAUCCCGAAAGACGAGAGAAGAGAUGUGCUGCUAACACUCAGAGGUACAGUGAAGGAACACAAAUGUAAAUUAACACAGGAAAUAGUGGAAUUAAUUGACAGGGAAGUUGAUCUUAUGUCAAGAGAAGUAAAAGAAUGCAACUUAGAAGGACUGAGGAAAAGAAUUUGUACACUAUUUCUUCAGUAUAUUAAAAUUCCGAAGUUUAACCCUGAAGUUGCAAGGAUACUUAAGGUUCCACCAGAUCCCUUAAAGCUUUAUAAAAACGUUCACUUCUGUCGCAGUUGUGAAAAUUACUUACCAGCUACUGAGUUUCCUAUUCCUGCUAAUUCCCGCACCAUUGGCAGAUGUCACUUCUGUUGCAAGCUUGAUAAUGAGGCUCGGCAACGAGAAUCAUUUCUGAAGUACAGACUGAUUCUAGAAAGUCUCAGAAAGUCUGAAGCUGAUUAUAAGGAUGAUGCUAGAAUUGUUUUCUUAGUUCAGCAGCAGCAUCUGCAGUACAUGAUUGAGAACAUAUGGGGCUGUCAGUCAGCUCUUAGUUCUUGCAAUGACCUCUAUGAUUUGGUUAUGGUCAGAUGGGAGAAGCAGCAAGAGUGGUCUCCAUGGAACACUAUUCUCCUCACUAAAGAUGAAGCUGAUGCACAUCUUAAGCUGCAUAACCUUCAAGAGGCUUAUGAAGCAUCAUUUAUUCAUGCAAUAAAGCAUAAGCAUAUCCGGGCAAAAAAGUACUUUGCUCAGAUCCCAGUGAUGACAUCACUUUUCCCCAGGAGUGACAAGCAGGCUAAUGCAAGUUAAUUUUUAAUAGCUAUCCUUAUUCCUACUCAUAUGAAAACGUAACUCUUCAGAUAACAGGUGUCAAAGAAGUUCACUGAAUUAUGUACUAAUACAAUUCCUCUGUUUUUAAAGAAAUAUGUUGUUUUCCCAACACCUAAACUGCUUUUCAUAGAUCAAAAUAAAAUUCUGAGUAUAAAAUAA